AUGACAUCACCUUGGAAUCGAAAUGUAACUAGUGGAUUUUCAAUUGCUGAUGAGUAUGAACAAAAUCAAGAACAAUCGUCAGCAUGGGUUCGUUAUACUCAAACAGACAUUGGUAAUUCAUAUAAGCAAGCAUCAUCAUAUGUUAACCUAAAUCUAAUCCCAGAAAUGUGUAUGGAUGAAAACGACAAUCAUUUUGAGCAAGCAAUUGCUAACAAUGAGUUUGACUUGGUAGAGGAUGAGCCUGGCAUUCAUACUGAUGAUAGUGACGAUGACGAGGAGGAUGGUGGUAAUGUAGGGUUGAAUAUUGAUUCUGGAAUCGACAAUGAAAAUGGGCACAUAAAUUUGGAGGAGAUGGUACCUGAAUUUGGCGAUGUUAGUCAAGCGGAGUAUGCAGUGUGCCGAGAUUGGGAUAAGCAAAAUCAAGGUCCAUAUGAUACGUUGGCAGAGAAGGAAGUUUUUGAAAACAAGAAAGAAUUAAUUCGUGCAGUGAAGAUGUGGCAUAUUCAGAAUAACUCCCAGUACAAGACUCAACGCUCAAGUAAAUCAGAAUUGCAAUUGAUAUGCAUGAAAGAGCCAAUUUGCAAUUGGUAUCUUCGAGCAAUGAAAAAAGAAAAAUUUAACCUGUGGAUGAUAACAGUUAUUAAAGGUCGUCAUACAUGCACAAAUGCCUCACUACAUCAUGGACAUCGACAGUUGGAUGCAGAGUAUAUUGCAGAUGAAGUUAUUCAUAUUGUUAAAGCUGAUUUGAAGAUUAACAUAGCAGCUAUUCAAGCAUAUGCAAGCUCACAUUUGAAGUACCCGGUGUCGUACAGGAAGGCUUGGGUUGCAAAACAAAAAGUGAUGGAGAAAUUAUUUGGCACAUUUGAAGAUUCAUACAACAUGCUCCCUCGAUUUUUACAGGCGUUGCAGAUUUCUAAUCCAGGGUCAAUAGUGAAUUUAAACUAUAAGGAAUGUGUGAAUGGAGUGGCAACUUUCGGUCGUGUCUUUUGGGCAUUUAGGCCUUCUAUCGAAGGCUUCCACUUUUGUCGUCCAUUGAUAAGUAUUGAUGGAACUCAUUUGUAUGGAAAAUACAAGGGGAAACUGUUGAUUGCGGUUGCAUUCGAUGCGGAUAAUGGACUUUUUCCAUUAUGUUAUGCAAUUGUAGAUGAAGAAAGUUCUAAUAAUUGGGGAUGGUUCAUAGAUAACAUUCGUUCUUAUGUAUUUUGGCUGCAAUGCGGGAUAGGUGGCCCGAACCAGUUGCUUACCACAGAUAUUGUUCGCGUCAUUUUGUUAGUAAUUUCCACGACAAGUUUAAGGAUGUAG